UAUUUUGAGUGGAGCAAUGCAAGCAGUCACUGUGGAAAUGCAGCAGAACAGAAUCGUGAUGAUUUUGUCUAUAAAGGUGGAUGUAUUGAUGCGCAGAGAGUGACAUAUGCCAUGUCUUAUCUCAGGUGCUCAGGAGCGGCGCUUUUACUCUUCACAUUUGUGCAACUCACUGCAGCCUUAAAGUGUGCAUGUCCCUUGUGUGUAAACCACACCUGUGAGACAGAGGCAGAAGGAGCAUGUUGGAACUCAGUAAUGCUCAUAAACGGGAAGGAGGAGGCCGUGAAGUCUUGCCUGUCCCCAUCGGAGCUCAAGGGUCAGGUGUUCUGCUACAGUUCCCGAUACGUCUCUAAACGCAACUGCUGCUUUACAGACUUCUGCAACAAUGAGACACUACACCUCAAUCCAGAGCCACCGCCUGAGGGGUCUGGGUGGAGUCAGCUGGAACUAGCAGCCGUAAUUCUUGUGCCAUCGUGCCUGGUGUGUGUAGGUGUCAUUCUGGGAAUGUGUGCCGUACAAAACCUGCGGUGCAACCACAUAAAAGCUCACAAACAGGAUCCAGAGGAACCCCUGGAUGACCAGACUCUGGUGUCACCUGACAAAUGCCUAAAAGAGCUUAUCUAUGACAUGAGCACCUUUGGCUCGGGAUCAGGAUUGCCCCUAUUGGUCCAGAGAACAAUUGCUAGAACUAUUGUCCUGCAGGAGAGUAUUGGGAAGGGGCGCUUUGGGGAAGUGUGGAGGGGCAAAUGGAGGGGGGAGGACGUUGCUGUGAAGAUCUUCUCCUCACGAGAUGAGCGUUCCUGGUUUCGUGAGACUGAGAUUUAUCAGACCAUCAUGCUACGCCAUGAGAAUAUUUUGGGUUUUAUUGCUGCUGAUAACAAAGAUAAUGGCUCAUGGACACAGCUGUGGGUGGUGUCUGAGUAUCAUGAGCACGGGUCUCUCUUUGAUUACCUGAACAGAUACACGGUAUCAGUGGAGGGGAUGAUAGUUCUGGCACUGUCCAUUGCCAGCGGCAUUGCCCACCUGCACAUGGAGAUUAUUGGCACUCAAGGGAAGCCUGCCAUUGCUCACAGAGACAUAAAGUCAAAGAACAUUCUGGUUAAGAAGAAUGGAACUGCUGUGAUUGCUGAUCUUGGUCUGGCUGUCAAACAUGACUCCAACACCAACACUGUUGACAUCCCCAUUAACCACAGAGUGGGCACCAAGAGGUACAUGGCUCCUGAGAUCCUGGACGAUUCCAUAAACACGAGCAGCUUUGAGUCAUUUAAGCGUGCUGAUAUCUAUUCACUUGGCCUGGUGUUCUGGGAACUUACUCGCAGAUGUUCCGUCCAAGGGAUUUAUGAAGAUUUCCAGUUGCCUUAUUAUGACCAGGUGCAAUCAGACCCAUCAGUGGAUGAUAUGAGGAAGGUGGUGUGUGAACAGAAACUACGACCCAACAUUCCCAACCAGUGGCAGAGCUGUGAGGCACUGAGGGUUAUGGGUAAGAUCAUGCGGGAGUGCUGGUAUGCCAGUCCAGCUGCUCGGCUGACAGCACUACGUGUCAAGAAGACUGUACCUCAGGUAACUGUGGUCAAGGACGUUAAAGAGUAACCCAGCGGCCUGGUGCCCCUCAUAUCUCUGUCUGUCAGUGUUAUUGGGUAAUUUCAGAUGCUCAGUUGAGAUGCCAAAGAUUCCAGGAGUUUAAGAGGGAAAUGUUAUCUUGUGCUAUCUGAGCAUAAAGAGAAUUAACGAAAGCGAGUGUAUUUUGUUUCUUAGUCAAUAGAUGGUGAUAGAGUACUGAUAUACUGCUACCUCAACUGAACCUGUAAGUGUCAAAUGCUUGGAAUUGCACUUGUUAUGUUUUGUGCCAUUAAUGUUUUGCUUGGUGUAACUUAAAAAUAUACAGUGUUAAAAAAAUAAGUUGAAAUGUCUAUACACACACAGACCAACAAACAGGACCAACCUUUUUUUAAGACCAUGUGUUGACGUCAGACAGCGUAAUGUGGUCUGCAGAAGUAAGCUUUUUUUUUUUUUUUUUAGCAAAGCUUUGCGCAGAUUGUGGUUUCCUGGCACUAUUUUUCUACUGUUUUACACAGCUCUCAUCAUUUUCGAUUGUACUGUGUAUCUGUAGAAACCUGAAGGAUAAUUUCCUGUAAGCCCUGUCAUUUCUGAAUGUAAAGAGAAUAGUUUGCAUUUUGUGUAUGUGCAGAUGGGCCAAACCCUGAUGUCUACAGAGGGAAAAAAGGGGUAUGUAACUGACAUUCAAAGCCUUUUAACCAGAUUCUUCUCAGAGCAGGGGUCUCCAACCUUUUAUACACCACAGACAGGUGAAACUAUUUAUUUGGACCAGCUGGAUGUCAAUGCGGUGGUUGAGGUAUGAUCAGAACUAUCAUUAAUAAUUCUUUUUUUAAAGGGGUCAUAUGAUUUCAGUUUUUCCUUUCUCUUUGGAGUGUUACAAGCUCUUGGUCCAUAAAGAAGGUCUGUAAAGUUGCAAAGACUAAAUCCUCAAAUCCAAAGAGAUAUUCUUUAUAAAAGUUAAGAGUCAACCACACCCCCCUAAAAUAGCUCGUUCUAACAUGCCCCCACAUUUCUACCUCACUAUGUGGGAAGAUUUGCAUAACACAGCCCUAAUGUUCACGCAAAGAAGGAAGGCUAACUUUUAUUCUCUAUGUUGCAGCCGCUGCCAUGUUGUGGAGUCACUGUGUGUGUUUCGUUGUGAAAGCGAAACUACUUUGUUUGGCCUUCCAAAAGAGUACAUGACUAGAAAUCAUUGGUUAAGUUGUAUUUCAACACUGUUCCAGAACAGUCCAACCCAAAUAUUCAGAUGUGUGCUGUGCAUUUUAUGGAGGAUGAGGACUGUUUUCUGAACCAGUAGCCUGCAAUGCGUCUGUGGCACAAUGGCUGUUUAUAUAAAGUUGGGCAGUUCAAACUUUGCAAGGAGAGUCUGGCACUUCUGCCUCACAGCCUGAAAGUAAGUUUUUUAUAUUUAAAUAAUUUGCCAAUGAUGAUCUAGAAGUGAGUUUUGAGCAGUAGAGUAGGCUUGUUGUUUCUCAGAUCACAAAUGCAGACAUGGUUUUAUGUUUACACAGCGCGAGAAGAAAGAAGUCAUUAUAAUCAGUAAUUAUGUCCCCACUGGAUGCAACAAAUGCCUCGUUUGUAAUGGGUUUUAUUGGUUUUGUCUAGUCUAGUGAUAUCCGGGUCGCAAACAAAUCUUUCUAUUUAACCGGAUCUUCUUAGUGAACAGGUCGAAUCAGUUAACCAAAUCGAACUGAAUCGUUUGAAAAAGUUCACAUCUCCAGUACGCACUAAUCCACAAAUUACUUAAGUUAUUUGGUUUAUAAAUGUGCCUUACACUCCCUAUGAUGCAAAAUAAACCAAUAUCCUGAGUUAUUGAGUUACUCCUAACUCCUAAGUACAUUGAAGUUCCGGAGAUUUUACACCUAGCCUGGUGUAGAUUCUAAUUCAGGCACAACUUCUUUGACUCAAGAAGUGAAACCAGACAGCCAUCUAUUCAUAGAUGCUGCUCUAUCUGCAUAUUCCAAUGCAAAAGGAUCAAAUUUGCCUGAUAUGUAGUCAUUCAGAGACUUGAAAAUCUCUGCCCCAGUUGUGCUAGUUGACAUUGAAUGCACCCACAUUCUCAUGCACGUUGGCUUGAAAUAUAUUGCACAUAAACCAGUAUGUCCUUGUUGUCAACACUGGUCCAUUUGUUGAGCUGCAGUGCAUACAACAGUGACUCGUUUUGCCUGUCUAACUUGGUAUUACAGGCACUUCCUGUGUCUGUUUGGCUCUUUAAGAAGAAUAGCUUUAUGUAUCCCCCAAUUGUAAGUUUCUUUGGAUAAAAGUGUCUGCAAAAUGACUAAAUGUAAAUGUAACAAUUGUACUUCAAUGUAAUUUCUAUUCUCAGUCUGAAAGUGGUAGCUAAAAGGACUUCUUUAGUGAGAUGGUCAGCCAUCAAGUAUGACUCUCAGUGCAGCCAUGUUUGUAGACAUGGUGGCUUUCAUUGACCCAUUUGCUAAUACACAUGCUCCAAAGCAUGUGAACGGCCCAUAGCCACAAAACCAUAUUUAAGCUAUAUUUAAGUAAUCACAUUUUUGGUUAAAAUUGGCUUUCCUUUUUCUUAUCAGUAGGUGCAUUAUCGCCAUUCCAUGUACCUUUCCUACCUCCUUCACUAAAUAAAAUUUUAAGGGACGUCUGCUGCAAAAGUGAAACUGAUGUUUUCUGAAAUGACGGUCUCUCCAUUAAUUUAGAUAGUGGCACUUAUUCAAUAAAUUAUGUUUUGCUACACAGACAUUUUUUCCCAGAUUGUUCUUGUGACCAGUAGCAGCUACAUAGAAUAGAAUAGAAUAGAAUAGAAUAGCUUUUUAUUGUCAUUGUACAGCUGUACAACAAAACAUUUUUGAUCUCACAUUGAAAGUACACACAAAUACAUACAAAAAUGUACAUUUAACAAAAUGUGAAUAAUGAUACAGAAAAAGUAAACAGUGCAAAUGUAAACAUGUAAACAGUAGAUGUAAACAAUUAUAUAUACCAAAUGUGCAAAAUAGGUAUAGUGCAAAUGUAGCAAAUAUGUACAGUAGUGAAUGAAAUAUUAAUAAGUACAAGAGAAUGAAGGAAUUAAGGAAUAAAUAUAUAAAUAUGAGAACAGAGCACAGCUACACCAGUGUAUAGUCCUUAGUGUAUAGUCCUUAGUAUACCACAACCUUUGAAGCGUUGGAGUUCAGUUCUAAGAUGGCAUGUGGAUAAAAACUGUGCACCAGUGAAAGCAACUGUGCACCAGUGAUUUUCUGUGCAGAGUUGAUGACUCUGCAAAGCUUUUUUUUCUUAGCCAUAAUGCAGCCAGCAUACUACACCAGAAUGCCAUGGGAAAGUAUGCUUCCUACUGAACAGUGGUAAAAGGAUACAAGCAGCUGCUGAGACAGGUUAGUUUUUCUCAGCAUCCUCAGAGAGUACAGCCGUUGCUGUGCCUUCUCAACCAGGGAAAUUAUGUUAACAGUUCAUGUGCGGUCCUGGAAGAUGUGUGUGGCAAGAAAUGUAAAGGUGGUCACCCUCUCCACCAUUUCUCCUCCAAUGUAUAGAGGAAACUUGGUUCCUCUUUCUGUUUCCGAAAAUUGAUGAUGAGCUCCUUUAUUUUGGAGGUGCUGAGCUCCAGGUUGUUAUUGAUGCACCAUUCUGAGAGUUUAGCCACCUCCUCCCAGCAGGCAGACUCGUCACCAUUUGAUAUUAAGCCCACCACAGUGGUGUCAUCUGCAAAUUUAAUGAUUGUGUUUGUGCUGUGGGUUGGUGUGCAGUUUUGGGUGUAUAGUGAGUACAACAGAGGACUCAGCAUGCAGCCUUGUGGAGCACCAGUGCUGAGAGUCAGAAUAGUUGAGUGAUGGCCCCCCAGCCUGACAGUCUGUGUGCGUUAUGUUAGAAAGUCCUUUACCCAGAAACAUAUAUAUUCACUGAAACCCAGGUUAAGCAGUAUGGUGACCAUUCUGCUGGAAAUGAUAAAUGUGGAACUAAAGUCCACAAACAGCAUCCUUACAAAUGUUCACAGGUGCUCCAAAUGAUUCAGCGUGGUGUAGAGAGCUGUGUUGAUGGCAUUGUCAGAUGACCUGUUAGCUCUGUAUGCAAACUGAUGUUGAUCCAGGGUGGAAGGAAGUGAUGAUUUAAUGUGUCUGAGUACCAGCCUCUCAAUACAUUUCAUCACAGUGGAAGUGAGAGCCACAGGUCUGCAAUCAUUAAGACUGCUGAUAGCUGUUUUCUUGGGAAUUGGCACAAUGGUGGCACACUUGAGACAUUUGAGGACAGUGCAUGUUGACAAGGAGAGGUUGAAGAUGUUACAGAAAACCUCUGCCAACUGAUCUGUGCAAUCUCUGAGUGCCCUUCCUGGAAUGCUGCCUGGACCGGCCGCCUUUCUGUGAUUGACACUACGGAGUACUUUUCUGACCUCUGCUGUACUCACAGAAGGUGCCGGGCUGUCAGUGGAUGGUAACAGCACAGACACAAUCUCAUCCGUGCUGACAAGCCAUGACACGUAAAUGGGUUGUAGCCUCUAGGUUGGGGACCUCUGAUCUAGAGGACUUCUGAAUGCCAAUGUGAAAUAUAUGACUGUGAAGAAAGUAUACAUUUUAUACUGUUAAUACUCAAGUAGUACUUUAUUGCACUAUACAAAGGCUCUAAGCUGAUGAAGAAUAAUAAUCGACAUUCAACAAGUUUAGUAAUCGACAUUCAACUUAUAUAUUUCAAAUGAUGGAAUAACCCAGCAUAUCUGAAACCAAACAUAAAAUGUUGUGUGUGUAAAUAGUCAUGGGAGUGUAUUGGAGCAUUGUCAUUUCUUAAAGUUUAUAACUGCACAGAUACUUGUCUGCUAAAUAUUGUGCUUUAAGUCUUUGUGUCUUGGUGUUGUUUCACUGAGAUGUAAAGCUGUUCACUAGGAAUUUCUCUAUUAGCAGUCCUGAGAUGUGUGUUUGUGUAACUGAAUGUGUGUGAUAUAUGCCCUGUAAGGUUCUUGUGCAUACAGAGUUCUACUUUUUGUACAUCAGUGUAAUGUGGGAGAUUCUUGUCUGUAAAUUAUAUCACUUUGAAUGUCUGAUUUGUGUUAAAAUUGCCUCUGUUGUUGCGACACUAACAAAGCUUGUAUUUAUGGGCUUUUACAAACUCUAUGAAGUAUAUGCAUAUGAUGCAAGCUAUAUUUUAGUCUUAAGUCUUUCAUCAGACAUGGACAUAAUUUGCUAAAUGCUUUGCAUAAACAUCCAUAUUCAAAUAUUUAUUCAAUCUGUACCAAAAAUAAAGAGUUUUCAUAUAUAUAUAUAUAUUUUUUUUUUCUGUUGAAGAAUGGUCUUGUUUUAUCCUGUUUUAGUCAUAUGCAUAAGUAUUUAAUGCUUAAAAAUGUAUUAGAGGAAAUGUCUGGAGGAAACCAAAUCCUUAAAAACUUUGGAAAAUCUGCACCAUUACAGCCUGAUGCUGUUCAGAAAUGUUGUAGCACACUGUUUUUAAUUUGGGUAUUCAAUCUGAGAUCCUAACUAAUGACACUGUUUCAGACUUUACACAGUGCUGUCUUAUGUUUUGAGACAGAACAGAGACAUUUAUAUGAGGAGGGUGGAAUAGAUUAUGUUAUAUUUGUCCACUGACAUGUCUUUUUGUGAGUAGCAUUGUGUUUUGUCUGUGUAAGAGUAUUUAAUUUUCUGAAAUGUAAACUGUAAAGUAAUAAACUACUUUUCAUGAUUCA